CCAAAGGGAGGUGCACUCUGUAUUGUCGGUGAAUAGCAUUAUAUAUGUAUUUGCCUUCGUACGGAUGCAUCUGCCGUUCUCUAUUGUCCGUGCAGUUGUUUCAAAAGAAAACAUAUCAGUGCAGCUGUGGAAACAUAUUUUUUUUUCUUUUCUAAGACAGAUGCAUUCCCCACGUCAGGCAGAAAGCCAUAGCAUUAGGCAUUAGCAUGUCUGACAGCACGCUUGUACUGUGCCCAAACUGAAAAUCAUCUGAUCCAGAUCCAGUUGGGACAGUUCAAAACUCCCCUUGAAGCAGUCAGACAGCGACCAUGUCAAACGGUACAACGGAUGCAGCAGAGGCACGAUAAGCAUGCCCGUGCGCCCAUCGUACGAGGAUCGAUGGGAUAUAUGUGCAGCCCUAGAGACGUUGCGCGGUUGCAGCAUACCUGCAUACGUAUAGGAGGAAAUGGCCGUGCUCCCUCCCCGCUGCUGCUCUUCCCUCUUCACGGCGGCGAUCCUGCUCCUCUUCUGUCCGUCACCGGCAUCGCCCCAUGCUUUCUUCAUCUUCGGCGACUCCCUCGUCGACGCCGGGAACAACGACUAUCUCGUGACCCUCUCCAAGGCCAACACCCCGCCAUACGGCGUCGACUUCUCGUUUUCCGGCGGCAAGCCGACCGGGAGGUUCACCAACGGGAGGACCAUCGCGGAUGUCAUCGGUGAAGCAUUGGGGCAGGAGAGCUUCGCUCCUCCCUACCUCGCUCCAAACUCUAGUGCUGAAGUGAUCGACAGUGGAGCCAACUAUGCUUCUGGUUCUUCCGGCAUUUUCGACGAGACCGGCUCCUUUUAUAUCGGAAGAGUGCCACUAGGACAGCAAAUCAGCUACUUUGAGAAGACCAGAGCUCAGAUACUGGAGACCAUGGGGGAGAAUGCCGCGGCCGACUUCUUGGGGGAGGCGCUCUUCACGGUGGCUGCUGGGUCCAAUGACAUCUUGGAGUACCUCUCGCCUUCAGUGCCAAUCUUCGGUCGACAGAAGCCUGACCCUGCAGAUUUCCAGGACGCCUUGGUUGCCAAGUUGGCAUUCCAUCUCAAGCGGCUGAACGAACUCGGGGCUAGGAAGUUUGUCGUCGCCGACGUCGGGCCGCUGGGCUGCAUACCGUACGUGCGCGCCCUGGAGUUCAUCCCGGCCGGCGAGUGCUCGGCGGCCGUGAACAAGCUCUGCGAAGGCUACAACAGGAGGCUGAAGAGGAUGAUCGGCAGGCUGAACCAGGAGACGGGCCCGGAGAGCGCCUUCGUCUACACCAACACCCACGGCAUCGUCACGGAGAUCAUCCGGCAGCACCGUCAAUACGGUAGGCUUUCUCUUUCUUUCUUUCUUGUUUCCUGCAUUUCGUGGGCUGAAGCUUGGAUCUGUGGCUCUGUGGCGCGUAGGUUUCGAGGAGGCGCUGGACCCUUGCUGCGGCGGCAGCUUCCCGCCGUUCCUGUGCAUCGGCGUCGCCAACUCGAGCUCCACCCUGUGCGAGGACCGCUCCAAGUACGUGUUCUGGGACGCCUUCCACCCGACCGAGGCCGUCAACUUCAUCGUCGCCGGCAGGGUCGUCGACGGCGGCGCCGCCGAUGCGUCGCCCGUCAACGUCCGCGCCUUGUUCCAGCGUCGAUACGGAUGAACAAGGAGGUCGAUCGCCUUGCGUUGCGUGCGUGCGUGCGUGCGUGCACCGCAUCGCGGAAUAUCUCCUCCCCUCGCGCAGCGCUUCCUGCACGUCUUCUUUAAACAAACGUGUAGAACG